AUGCUUCGAGAUUACCUUAGGAAAGCUAGUAAGAUGUUGGGAAGGAACGUAGCCUCUGAAGAAGACCGUUUCAAAAUAGCUCUCCGCGUUUUACUUCGGGCCAUCAAACGUCGGCCCAAGCAUUACCAUCGAACAAUGAGUUCGAUAACUUCAAGCAGCGUCUACUCAAUGGAAAGGACCUUCGCCACAGAAUGGCUCAACAAAGGCGAUCGCAACGCCGUAGAACCGAAAGGACCACAUAGAAACCAGUUCCGGCUCAUCUUUUCCGACAAGUUGAGCAUAUUGAAUGGACGCACAGUUGAUAUCAGUACCUGCCGUCAGCACGAUAGGCGAGGCCUUAAGCAUCCACCACGUCGGAGAAAGGCAAAAAAGAAGUCGAUCACAGCUACAGCUAUCAAGGCCUUAACAAUUGGAUCCCUCAAGGCUUCUAUGGCAAGAAUAGGCGGACUGGACGCAGAUGAAAGAAAUAAUAUUGCAAGCCAAAUCCGAGGGACAGUUGUUGUCCUUAACCGACUACGUCGCUAUGCAUACUGA